AUGCUCAGUAGGAAAGGCUACAUUGGACGCCAGCUAAGACCGUCGCAGCUGGCAAGUGAGCUUUUGCCGGCGGACCAGACAUGGUGUGCCACAUGCCAUCUGGCGGUCUUGAAGAAGAACUGGCCGGAUCACCGGGUGUCGCGUAGUCACCGCCUUGCCUCAGCGAAGAUGCAAAAGAUGAAGCGGCUCUCGCUUGACAUGUGGGCACGGCACCGCGCCGCACCGUUGGAGGAGGAAAGUGCCCAUGAGGAAAGUAUUGAGGCAGAGUUUGAACGAUUCCGAAGUGAGCAGCGGAGGCGUGAACGAAUGGUGCAAUUAUCUUCUUGGAAGAGGUGA